GGCAUAAACUUUGUCUGAAAACGUAUAGUACAAGAUAGUACACAUUACAAACUCAAACAAAGCUUACCAACUCCCCUUUAUCUCCUUUUCACCUUUGCUAUUCUCAUCAUUCUCACACACCUUAUCAUCAUUUAAUCGAAAGGUCCAUACUUACCCAACAAAUCAACAAAACACCCAUCAUCUUCUCCAAAAACCCAAAUCGGAAAAGCAAAAAUGAUGCACAUGACCUUUUAUUGGGGUAAAAAUGUGACCGUUUUGUUCGAUUUCUGGAGAACCGAUUCAUGGACUAGCUAUGCAAUUACUUUACUCGCUUGUUUUAUCUUCUCGUUAUUCUAUCAGUAUAUGGAGGAUCGUCGUCAACGAUUCAGGAUUCUCUCUGCCAAUUCCAAGAGGAAUUACCCGCCGCCUAGCGCCGCCGUAAAUGUUCCCCUUCUUCACACUUCUCCGACCGUCGGCGGUAGGUGGAACUCAGCGAGAUUUGCUACGGCGAUCCUUUUUGGGGUCAACUCGGCGAUUGGUUAUUUGCUUAUGUUGGCUGUUAUGUCAUUCAACGGCGGCGUUUUUGUGGCCGUUGUUCUGGGUUUGGCGAUCGGAUAUUUAUUCUUCAGGAUCGGCGAUGAGGAUGAUUUCGCCGUUGAUAAUCCAUGUGCUUGUGCUUGAUAUGAUAUUGUUAAUGGGUUUGAUUGUUGUAUUUAUGCAUACAGAUUCAAUGAUAAUGAAAAUGAUUUUUUUUUUUUUUGACAUAGCAGUAUUGGAUCUGUUGAUCUUUUACAUUUGCUUCUGUUCUGUUGUAUUUCUCGAUCUCAAUAUAAUUGUACACUUCGUUGCUUUUU